AUCAAACGCAUGGGCAAGAGCAAGGAAUCAUAGUCGGGAAUUUAGCAAUUGGUUUGAAGAGAAAGUUAAAAAUGCUGAAGUACCUGAUUAUCUAAUAUGGCUGUCUAGAAUGCCUAAUGUGGUGGGCAAGAGAUACACUGCAUAUUUCAUUAAUGGAUACCGAUUUCAUACAAAAAGUCGGGACGCCCCACGAAAGACUCAAAAUAGUGGAGGGACUCUAGCAGCAACAACAGAUAGUUUUGCUAGUUCUAGGGACCAAAAUCCCAUAGAUGGCGAGGUUAUUUAUUAUGGAGUGAUUCAAGAUAUCAUUGAGAUUGAUUAUUAUGGCCAUUUUAGUGUUGUACUGUUUAGAUGUGAUUGGUUUCAUAAUGAAGUAGAUGAAUAUGGGUUAACUCGGGUAUACUUCAAUAAGUUAUGCAGUAAAGAUGAUCCUUUUGUGUUGGCAUCACAAGUUCAUCAAGUUUUUUAUGUGGCGGAUCCAGUUGAGAAAGAUGUUUAUUAUGCAAGGAAUAAAGUCCCUGUUGAUUUGUAUGAUCUAGAGAAAGAGGAUUGUCCUAAUAUAGGAGACACAUUUUGGAGGGAGCCUAAUGAUGACAUUGGUCCAUCAACUAGAUUAGAUGACGGUGACAUUAGAUGGUCAAGAGAAGAUGUGCCCGCUGAUGUCGUUGAUAUUCCAUCUAAUGCACAACAUUCAGAAGAUACAAUUAUGGAAACAUCGGAAGAGGAGGAUGAGUUCGAUGAUACUGAUUGGGAUUGGAUGGAGGAAAAUGAUUAUACAAUAAAAGACUUGAGUAAUCAUGAAUCAAGACGGGAGUUCAAGAAAAAGCAAGAGAGUUAAGAACUCAAACUUCAUUCCACCUGGAUCAGUUGCAUCUUUGCUAAGCCAAAGGGUUUUGAAUCACAGGCACAAGCCAAACUCAAAAUACAUUUCAGAUGUUCAUGUUACAAAGUCAAAUGAAAAGCAUUACAAGCACAAGCAGAACUCAAACUACAUUCCAGCUGGAUCUGAAGUGGAACAAGUGCAGCAAGUGUGUCCCGAUUCUAUCUAUCCUGCAGCACAAACAAUACAUGAGCAAGUCUUGUUGGAUUCCACCACUGCUGAAUCAGGAGAAGCACAAGAACAAGUGCGACAAACCUCACAACUUUCCAGUAUUCCUGCAUUACAAGCAGUUAAUGAACAAAUCCAACAAGAUCCACAAGAUUCUACUAAUCUUGAAGCAAAUGACCAAUCUGGGGAAGGAGGCCCUUCCACUCAGAAAAGAAAAAGAGGUGGAACACAAAUGCAAAGUGUACAUGGACGGAGUGAGCGCAAAUUGAUCGUGCUAAAUGAGUUGCACCAACCCAUUGGUCCUACUGAAGCAAUUGUUAAAGAGUUGGGUAGCUUCCUCGGCACAUUAGCAAGGAAUGGGACCUUUUGUCCUCUUAAUGUGCUUAAAUGAAAGAAAUUGAA